GUGAUUCACAUGUAAAUAAUCAAAUUUUCGAAUAUUUCCGCGCCGUUAUCUAUGUUGCUAUCGCACAAUACAAAUAUGAGGUGACUUCAUCUACUUUAAUAGACCUCGAGUGGAAUAUCAAGUACAAGGUGCUAUGCAACGACGAAUUUACUCCACAUAAUCAGCAGUCUUUCAUCAACUUUCAUCGUAACGCAACGGAGAGAAAAUGUCUGAUGUGAAACAACAGGAGAAACAGGUGUGUGAGGUAUUCGCGAUCUCUUUAUCGCCAGAAGCCCAGGCUCCGAUAGACACGGUUAGCAAUGCUUACAGAUCCGUAAAAUACACCUUCUCGCCAAUUAUAUGCCGACGAUGCGUUGGAAUUACCAUCGGACUUUGAAGCAGCCAUUGACGCCACAGGUCUAAGCAUUUCGUCUACCGAUUUUUAUUCGUAAACGCUGAACCCUACGCCGUUAUUUCAUUCGCGGUUUUCAGGAUACGGACUCUUCAAUUUUCUACUUCUUCUGGCAAUCCUUCCCGGAGGAUGGGCAUGUAUUUUCGACACCACAACGAUGGCUUACAUACUUCCAUCCGCUGAAUGCGAUCUCAAGCUCACCUUGUUCGACAAAGGAGUCUUGAACGCAGCGAUCUUCGCUGGAAUGUUCAUUUCUGCGUUCAUAUGGGGAUUCCUAGCCGAUACGAACGGUCGUCGAUCACUUCUGAGGAUAGGAUUUAUAGCUGAUGCGAUUUGCAACGUUUUAUGCAGCAUGUCUCAAAAUUUCUACAUGAUGGUGUUUUUCAAAUUUUUAAGCGGCUGCAUAAUAAACGGACCGUACGCGAUAAAAAUGACAUACCUCGCGGAAUUUUCCGGUUCGAAGCAUAGGUUUCAGACUUUGUUAUGGGCGAGCCUUUCUUCGGCGUCAUCCAACAUAGCCCUUCCAGUUCUCGCGUGGAUGAUCAUUCCGCAGUCCUGGUCGUUCACCCUUUUUGACGGAGCUUUCGUCUUCAAUUCUUGGCGAAUAUUCCUAUUGAUCUCCAGCCUCCCUGCGUUCACGGCGUUUCUCACUCUUCUGUAUUUUCCGGAGAGUCCGAGGUUCCUCAUGUCUCAAGGACGAAACGAGGAGGCCCUCAAGGUCUUCAGAAAAAUGUAUACGAUGAACACUGGAAAUCCACCGGAAUCAUUUCCGAUCAGGGACCUGUGUCAAGAGGCUCAGAAGAGACAAAUCGAACGAUCAGCCAGCCGGAAGAGCAUGUCUGCCUGGGAUAAGACCCGAAGUGGAUGGGCCCAGAUCAAGCCUCUUUUUCGGCAGCCGUAUUUGGGUCAGUUUCUGCUGAUAAUCACCAUCCAAUUCGGUGGCAUCCUCAGUUUAAACACGUUGAGACUUUGGAUUCCUCAGCUUUUCACAUUGAUAGAGAAUUUCGAUUAUGAAAAUCGCGAUCCAAAUUCCGGAAUGCCUACACUGUGCGAAAUGAUCUCUGCGCCGAGUCCCGUAUCGAACGUUACUUUUUCGGAUGUCGUCAACGGGACGGUAGAAAGCACGUGCAUCGCGUCGCCUGUUCCUAGCAGAGUUUACAUAAACUCAAUAAUAAUAGCGGUCACGACGGUCAUGGGUUUUACGUUAGCAGGAAACUUGGUGAACUUGAUUGGAAAGAAACCGCUUUUACUCACAGUCUACGCGGUUUCAGCUUUCUGCUGCUUAAUUUUGAACUGGUCUCCAAAUUCAGACGCCACUUUGGCGAUUCUCGCCAUUUAUUUAGCUGGUUCUAGCGUUUCAGUCAACACCAUCAUCAGUUUCAUCGUUGCCUUGAUGCCAACGUCCCUCCGAACGAUGGCGGUUAGUCUGACCAUGUGCGUCGGUCGAAGCGGAGCAUUGAUAGGCAACCUUUUGUUCCCAAUCCUCUUGGUCGCAGGUUGCAUGGCGCCCUUUAUUUUCGUCGGAGGAUUUCUGAUGGCCUGCUUUCUGCUCUCAAUUUUCAUCCCUAAACCACCAGCGAAACUGAUGUGAGGAUACUAGAUUACCGUAAUUAAAUUAUUCAUUUUAAAUAUACCCAUAUCUCCUAGUUAUUAUAUCUGCAUCACAUGUUUUUAAAGUUUAAUUGAAAUCAGGGUAUGUCGCAAAGAUAAAUGUUUAUAUUUCCUAGAUAAAUACUUCAAAGUUGACUGUAGUUAAAUUAUAGGUACAUCAUGUAUACAUCUACGCGUUCUUCGAAAUCAGUUUUUCGAAGAUCAUCAAAAUUUUCCGGGCAUAAUAAUUACAACGGAAAACAUUCUGAGAGUAUUCCGAUUAAAAAAGUCCUAAGUUACAUUUACUUCAACACUUAACAAUGACUUAUCAUAUUUAUAAAUAGUAACAAAUUAUAAUAUUAUUCAUCAGUCUA